AUGAGUGACGGAGAAUCGCCAGUAAAGCUCGCGACCUCAGUGGGGAGGAAGAAGAAGCGGGUCAUCGAUCCAGACGAGGACGAGGAGGAAGCUGCGCCCGUUGCAGCGAAGCACAAGGCUGAGGAGACGAAGACCCAAGGCGAGCUAAGCGUACCUCGAACUCACUCAGCUCCUUCACCCAAGAAGGCAAAGACAUCGCCCAAGCUCGCAUCGUUAUUCUCUCCGCCAUCGAAACCGCCAGUCAAGGCCGCCGAGUCUAAGCCUGCAGUGAAGGCAGAAGCACCUUCGUCCAAAGCUUCCUCGUCUAAGGCAGCAGCCUCAUCAUCGAAGGCAAAGCCCAAAGCCAAGGAGUCGAAGCCUGUCGCAUCGAUCUUCGCCAAACCUACCCCGGCAGCCAAAGGGAAGAACGGGGACAGUAAGCUCAAGGUGGAGCCUGCUGCUGGUGACGACGAAGAGUACAGCGAUAGGGCGUCGCCUAUCAAGAAGGUGGAGGAGGAAGAAGGUGAGGAUGAGCUCGAUGAUGAGACAGAGGAUGAACAGGAGGGAGAGGCGGCCGUCAAGCUGGCGUCUAUCUUCACUAAGAGCCAUAAGGCAAUACCAGUAGCCGAUCAAGGAUGGAAGGAAGGAGAGCCUGUCCCAUAUGCCGCCCUGGUGUCCACCUUCGAAAGCAUCGAAGCCACCACAAAACGUCUCGAGAUCCUGUCCCUCCUCACGCAAUUCUUCCUGGUCGUCGCAAAGCGGGACACAGCAACCGACGCCAAAAACUCUAGCCUGCUCAAGGUGGUGUACCUCUGUAUCAACCGACUGUGUCCGGACUAUAUGGGCAUCGAGUUGGGUAUCGGGGAGUCGUUGAUCGUCAAGGCGAUAGCGGAGAGUACUGGUCGGGCGGCGCCCAAGAUCAAGGACGAUUUCAGGAAGGAGGGGGAUUUAGGCAAGGUCGCGAUGAUGUCCAGAAAUACCCAGCCAACCAUGUUCAAGCCAAAACCACUCACCGUGCCUUCAGUCUUCCAAAAUCUCACUGAAAUCGCCAAAGCGACCGGGAACUCAUCCCAAGCUAAAAAGGUCGGAAUCAUCAAGAAGCUCCUUUCGGCGUGUCAGGGGAUGGAAGCCAAGUUCAUCGUGCGGUCACUGGAGGGGAAGUUGCGGAUAGGACUGGCGGAUAAGACACUGGUGGUGGCGCUGGCGCAUGCGAUCGUGCUCAAGGAGAUCGGUGAUAAGAGGAUGUCGCCGGAGAAGCUCGCGGCGAUGCUGGAGCAGGGAGCUGAAAAGGUCAAAGCGAUAUACAGUGAACUACCAAACUACGACCUGAUCGUGCCUGCUCUGCUGAAGGGCGGAAUCGAAGGCUUGGCCGAGAACUGCAAGCUGACGCCUGGUGUGCCCCUCAAGCCGAUGUUGGCCAAGCCUACCAAAGCUAUCGGAGAGGUCUUGGACCGAUUCGAGGGGAAAGAGUUCACCUGCGAGUACAAGUACGAUGGCGAGCGAGCACAGGUGCAUUUGCUGGAAGAUGGGACGGUGGCGGUCUUCAGUCGGAAUUCGGAAGAUAUGAGCGGGAAGUACCCAGAUUUGGUGGAGCAAAUACCUCGGUGUGUCAAAGAGGGUGUCAAGUCAUUCGUCAUCGAUGCCGAGGCUGUCGCGUACGACCUCGAAACCAAGAAGCUGCUUCCUUUCCAGGAUCUUUCCCGGAGAAAGCGGAAAGACGUGCGGACGGAGGAUAUCACUGUCCGGGUGCAUCUCUUUGCCUUCGACCUGCUUUAUCUGAAUGGCGAGUCUCUCAUCACGAAAGACCUGAGAAGUCGCCGUGCACUGCUAUACGAAAACUUCAAGCCUGUCGAGGGCGAGUUUGACUUUGCCAAAUCCAGCGACGGGACGACGACCGAAGAGAUCGGCGCGUUCCUGGAGGAGAGUGUCAAGGAUGGGUGCGAGGGCUUGAUGGUCAAGAUGUUGACAACGGAGAACUCGACGUAUGAGCCAAGUCGGCGAAGUAUGAACUGGUUAAAGCUCAAAAAGGACUAUCUCGCCGGUAUCGGCGACUCGCUGGACCUGGUCGUCAUUGGGGCCUAUCACGGCAAAGGCAAGCGUACAUCCGUAUACGGUGCCUUCCUCCUGGCGUGCUACGACCCCGAUUCGGAAAACUACCAGACGAUCUGCAAGAUCGGGACGGGGUUCUCCGAGGAGAUUCUGCAGCAGUUUUAUGAACAGCUACAGCCGCUGGAGAUUGCGGUGGUUAGAGGGGAUGUGGAGGUUGGGGGUGCGAAGCCGGAUGUGUGGUUUGAGCCAAAGGUGGUGUGGGAGGUGUUGACGGCGGAUCUGAGUUUGAGUCCGGUAUAUACCGCCGCGCAUGGUCUUGCCGACGCGAGGGGCAUCUCUUUACGGUUCCCGAGAUUCAUCAAGGUCCGAGAUGAUAAGAAUGCGGAAGAGGCGACGACGGCGGAGCAGGUCAGCGAGUUUUAUCAGCGCCAGGUCACGGCUGCAGGUAAGAAGAAGGGCGGAGGGGAGAUGGACGAGUUCUGGUAG